UGCACGAAGAAGGAACUCCUCCACAUUAACCGUGAUGGCGAGUAAAUCCUGGCUCGUGCACGAAGUUGCAUUACUGCUGCUCUACAUAGCCAGCAGGGAGAAUACGCUGUGUGAUGGAUUCACAGUGGACCCUCCUGAGGACAUUAUGAUAUUAGACCCUGGUUAUCUUGGAUAUCUUGACAUUACAUGGAGCCCCCCAGCCAGCUUGAUUAACAUGACUGAGUGCCAAAAACUCUACCAUGUGGAUUACUUCAACACUUACAUGGGCAGCUGGAGUGCUGUCAGGACACCCAGGAUGAAGUACAGUGCCCAGUUUGACCUGAUGAAAGAUAUCAGAGUGAGAGUGUACACCUUACUGAGUGGACCCUGCACCAAUGGUACCUUGGUCAAGAGCACAAACUACGCUGAAUUGGUCCAGAAACCUCCUGGCACAGGUGUUGCAGGUACAGCAGUCCAAAAUUUUGUCUGUGUGUACUAUAACAUGAACUACAUGGAGUGCAAGUGGGACAGAGGCCCAAAGACACCAGCAAACGAGCAGCACAAAAUGUAUUUCUGGAACAAGGAAUUUGAGGAGGUAGAAGAGUGCCCUAAAUAUAUGGUAUCAAAUGGAUAUAGGAGUGGCUGUGACUUCACAGGGAUAUCUCUGCCAGAUUUCUCUGAUAUCAUCUUCUGUGUGAAUGGCUCCUCUGAUGAAGGGCCUCUGAAGCCGACAUACAUUGCUCUGCAAAUCCAAAACCACGUGAAGCCUGAUACUACAGAGAAGCUGCAUCUUGAAACAGGUCCAGACAAGGAGUUGGAGCUUUACUGGGAACGUCCUGUCGGCCGGAUUCCCGGACACUGUCUUGAAUGGGAGGUGGAGCACAAUCAGGAGGGACCUGAUGGAAAAAUUGCAUUGGAGAACAUUUACACCAAACAGAUGAGCCUCACUCUGCCCUCCAUCCACAACCAGAGAACCUGCUUCAGGGUUCGUUCCAGAUUGCAUAAAUAUUGUGCAAACAGAGGAUUUUGGAGUGAGUGGAGCCAUCAGACAUGCAAUCCAGAAGUACCAGAAGUGCCCGCUGAACCAGAAUUGGACUUUGUACCUGCGUAUGUGUGCAUCGCGGUUGCCAUCAUUGCUGUUCUGGUGCUGUCAUUAUGUGUUGGGGCAGUGAUUAGUGUGAGGAGGUCAAGACAAGAGAAAUGGCCCAAUCCUCUGCUCAACCUUUUUGCCAGAAAUUCAUCCUCUUGGGGACAGGAAACUAAAAACACCAGAAGAAUGUGAAUGAUCACCUCUCACAGCACACCUUCGUCAGGUGUUAGAUUCCCCCCCUCCUCAUACUGGUACUGCAGGGUCUCUGAAUGCAAAUCACACACUGGAACUGCCAAAGGUCCCACACAGUUCUCACAUGAUAUUAUAAACACUUGUUGCACCUUUCUGAAGAUAUUUCUCAUUAGGCUGAAUGAUACAGAAACUACAGUACUAGAAUAUUCCAACAUGAUUUACUACCUUUAUAUUUAUAUUCUUUUACAUUUAUGUAGCCAUUAUUUGAAAUGUUAAAAGAAGUUUUUAUAGAGAAAAUGUUUGUUUUUGUUCUCUGUUAACAAUUUUCUCCAAUACUUGCCAGCUGACGAGUCAGCGUUUAUUACUCCAGAAGUAUUACGUACUCCCUGGGUAUUAGGUUUCGAUGUUGUACUGUUUGCCACAUUGCUUGCCAUUGCAUUUAAAAAGCACAUCUACUUGAUUUUGUGGAAGAAUUUGACCUUUUACUUUUUGCCUCGUCUUACAAGUUUGCUCCGACAAUAAUGAUUUUAUUAUUGAGAGGGAAGCCAGUUUGAAGAGAUAAUUAUGUAAUUGCUUCAUUUGAUGUGGAUUAUAUGUGUCUUUUUUGCACACUACAAAAGGUGUGAAGUCUUUCUUACCUAUGUAUACUGGAAUGAAUGGGGUUUUGUUUAUAAGAAGAAAUGAAGGUGUCAAGAGUUUGAAAUACCAUGACACCUUAAUGUUAAGAAGUCUAAAUUGUAAUUCAUUAUGGAUGUAAAAAAAUGUUAAAGAAAAUUUCAAAGUAUGUUUGUUUAAAGUUUAUGUCUAAUAUUACAUCAAAUGCAAAAAAAAUCAUUGACUUUUGAAUAUAGAAUUGUGUUAAAUUGUUCACAUAGGGUUGAAUCUGCUUUAUGAAACAGAUGUGGAGUAAAUAA